CCCCCCCCCCCUUUCCCGUUCCCGGCGCGCGCCCGCCAUGGCCGCCGCCGCACGGCCCCUAGCUGACGCCGGAGGGCUGCCGGAGAAGGCGAUUUCCCUGUGGGAGAUAAGGAAGAGCUGGGUCCCUGAGCGUGUGUGUACGGACGCAGCACAAUGGUCCGUGGCAUCGGGGCGUCACCGCGUCAGGCUUCCUGACGGUUUUAGGCGCAACUGCGCAAGCGCAAUCCAGGACAUCGAUGGGCCAUUCGUGGAGGAGCUAAAGGAGAAGUUGAAAUCUAUGAUCUGGGAGAUGCAGGUGCACGCUGUCGUGGUGAGCAGCGUGGACAACUCUUAGCCACCGACCGAGAUGAAGGCGCGAGCAGACCGGGAGUGGAGAAGCUGCACGGCCGCCGUUUCGGCUCAGAGCUGAAGGUCAACCCUACCACGAAGGGAAGGCGUCAAGGAGAGAAGAGAUUCAGAGGUGACGAACCUUCCAGCUCCUGUUCAAUUGAUGCCAUAGUUCUGAUUUCUGAAUCUGACGCAACAUGCGCUCUACCAAAACGCCAUAUGGAAAAAGGUAAGAGAUGGAUGUCAUUCAGGCUAAGGCCAAGACUGAAGAAAACUCAUUCGUGCCAUAUGGAGGCCAAGGAGAAAAGAACAUCGCACCAUAUGAAUCAUCGAAGCUGACAAUGUCCAUUCGUUUGCAUGUAUACCUGUCCCUUUCACCAACACAUCUCUUACAUUUGUUAACAUCGUGUGGAGCUCCAAGGAUGGUUUCAGCAUUGCCGGCACGAAUUUGGUCCCUAGAGUAUUCCGGCAACCUCAUUCCAAGAUGGUGAUAUAUGCACCUGCUCUCCCAGCGUCUAAGAGCCUUUGUGGAUUGUUCAGGCCUUGUGAUUAACGAUCUGUGCCCCCUGAAGAUGGAUCGCGUGAAGAGAUUCACUGGCAAGGCAAAGGGUGCGCUUGCGGUCCCAGUUCGGAGAGAUGAAGAUGAGAGCUUGGUUCUGUUUGGUGAGCUGUACAAGCAUGAGAAAGAGAGGGAUGUGAACCUCCUUGAACCAAUGUUCUCAGUGGAGUUUGAAGCUGUUCAAGGAGAUGGUCGCAUGUUUAAGCUUCCUUCAGGGAAAAGGGAUUACCUCCUGCCAGAUGGUGAAAAGCAUGACUAUGAUUGUUCAUUUCAGGCUCAAGACUCCUCCAGCGACACCACUAUUUCCCUCCCUUGAGAUGGAAGCCAACUCCUCCCAGAUGAUUUUUCAAAAGGAGCUGCCUAUCCUUCAGCCAGUCAGAACUUCAAGGUUCUCAAGCAAGCCUCAUGCUACAAGUGCAUCAACAUCGUCUGGAUCGCCUACCUCCAGCUCCACCAGGUCUGUGACUCCAAAAGCAAGGCCCAGCUCUUCGUCAUCAAAGAAAAACCUCAACAGAGAAGCUGCUGCACCAUCUAAAGAGCAGGAUUCAGCUUACAAAAUAGAUAAGAGGUCCAGCUAUACAUCUCUGACGAAUAGGCAGCACAAUUCAAUUCCUGCAGCUCCAACUACUACUACUACAGCCACCAAAGCAUCCAAGAAAACUUCAGGCAGCAAAUCUCAACCAUCAAAAGCAGUCAAGAAUGAUGUCAGACUGGACAAGGCAUCGAAGAACGUUACAGAAACCACGACAAAACCUCGGUUGAAUGAUUCUUCAGUUGGUGCAAAGGAUAAGAAGGUUAAUGGUGGCACCGCCAGGAGACUAUCAUGCCCACCCGCUGCAAACCCGGACAAUGUGCAGGCUACAGCAGCACUGAAAGGGAGGAGCAGAGCUGCUACCGGCUCUGUGCCUGCUAUCCGUAAGGAUGCCAGUCCCACCGAUGCAAUACUGAAGGGAAGGAGGAGAACAGGAGAGGAGGAGCAGAGGCCAAAGCUUGGAAGCCGUGCAAAGAAGUGAGGACAGUGGUUUCAGGCUUUCAGCUGAUAAGAGUAGAAUGGUCAUUCUUGUUUCAGGAUGGAAUGCAGAGAGGGUAACAUCCAUUUCCACCCAAUAUAUGCAAAUACACUUGUUGGAAUGAACUUGCAGUAUUACGCUAUUUAGUUUUUUUUUUUGAUAACUUACACUAUUUAGUUAUUUAUGGAAAUACAUCUUUAAUAGACGAAACUUGACCCUGCACUUGGGUGAAAAUCGAUCCCAUGUAGCGCCACGUCUACAACAAUUUUGGUCCAUUAGAUUCUCAAGCAACGGCUGGAGAAAAGCAAGCGUAUAUAGGUUAGCUUCCUGAACGCACAUAUUGGAGACAAGAAUCUUUCUGAACGUGCUUAGUACUCCAGCAAGGAAACUCGCGACGCUUCCUCUUCUGAAUCGCUAGAAACUUCCCGAGCGGAGGAGGAGCCGUGCCGACGGCAAGCCGGAACACAAGCUAAAUAUCUUCCGUUGCUCCGAAGUUCCUUCCCCAUACGCUCGAUCUGGUAUACAAUACAAAGAGAAACACGAGGGCCUAGACGUUUGAUCUCAUCGCAGGUGACGCAGCCGACGGCCACGCCAACCCCGCCGUCUUCGUCAACGGGGCCGGCGACGCCAACCUUCACAUUGUUGUGCCGACCGGCGACCGCCUCGUUCACGCCUCUCCGCCGGCCACUUACCGAGAUCCAAAGUGAUCCCAGCUUCCUGUAACAGAUGGAUAUAGUGAAUCACAUGGUGGUGCAAUGGCUUGGGGGCUUUGCUACAACCAUGAAUUGAGCCCCAGUCAGAGCUACUCUCAUGAUUGCAAUGAGUACUAUGGCAGAGGCACUAUUCCUGUUUACAGGUCAAAUUGAUAUGUCACUUUGUUGAUAAUCUUGGAUCCGCUUGUUGAUGUUCACCAGGAAUCACAACUAUGGUAUCUCAUUACCAACAGUUGGCCCUGAGCACUCUGGACACAACUUGGAUUGUGGUGAUCAGGUGGCUUUCAAUCCAUCAUCAGAGAGUUCCGACUUCUAAGAAACUGUUUUAAAAAUCAGUGUGUCUGGGGCCGAGGGCCCACUAACUGGGUUCCCCAAGCUAUUGUGAUCAUGUCUGAGAAACAACAGUUGUUUGCCCUAUGGCAUAUGUAAUAUGUACUAUGAUGCUUAAUAUUUUACCACCGCAUAACACUGGCUAAGCCACACCGAGGGCGCGGCAAAGCCGCGCCAGGUUUCUAGUGUAACACGAAAGUUAUUCACUAA